AUGACUACAAAUGAUGCCAACAACAAAGUUUCAGAUGAAUUCCGACUACAAUUACUUUUGCACAAGCAACAAAUGGAAUAUGAACUCAAGAAAUACGAAAAAGAGCAAGACAUGAAAUAUAAACUUGAAUUCGACGCACGAAAAUUAAUUGAAGAAACAAAACGUUUUGAAAUAAAGGAACGUGAAGUCGAACAAACAAAACGUAAACAUCAACAUGAAGUGGAAGAAACUAAAAGAAUAAAGCUACAACUCGAAUUCGACUCAUCAAUAAUUAAAAAAAGUCUUAUUUUAUUCACGUCUCAUUCUGAUUUUUACAACAUUUAUGUUAAAGAUAAUUUAAAGUUAUUCGAUAUUAAUGAUCUAUUAAAGGAUAAUGUUUAUUUUAAUGAUAAUAUAUUAACUUAUGUUGAAAUAUACUUAAAUAAUUGUUUAUCAAACGUUAAACUCAUCGAAAAAAUUAUUCAAGCAGCAUUUGAUAUUUUAAUUGUUAAUUUAUUAAAUACAUUUAAUAAUGCAACAUUAUUGCAAUAUUUAAAUACAUCUACGUCAGGUUAUUUAGAAGAUAAAUUUCGUCCUGAUUGUACAUUUAUAUAUAAAAAUAUAAAUAUCAGCAUUGAAACACCAAAGGAAUUUUUAGAAGAUUUUGUUGUUUGUGUGGGUGAUUUAAAGGCAUCAAAUAGUUCUUUAACAGAUAAAGCAACAAUUGGAGAAAUAUUACAAUAUUUAAAAAUUAUAUUAGAUGUACAACGCCGUGAAAUGAUUUAUGGAUUUUUAUGUAAUUAUAAAUAUAUGAAAUUUUUUUAUGUUGAAAAGAAACUUCCCAGGUCUAUGGAUACGGCUAUUCGUAUUUUCGCCGUAAUUUGCUUCAUAC